UCCCAAUCCUGCCAGCCUAUGCAAUCGCUGGUAGAGAUCAUCGCUUUACCCAGCCGCUAGUGUCGAUCUCCGCUCCAAUUGGAGACCCGGGCCAAACCAUGGCGGAGAAGACUCAAAAGAGUGUGAAGAUUGCCCCUGGAGCAGUUGUGUGUGUGGAGAGUGAAAUCAGGGGGGAUGUGACUAUAGGACCCCGGACGGUGAUCCACCCUAAAGCACGGAUCAUUGCGGAGGCCGGGCCGAUCGUGAUCGGGGAAGGAAACCUAAUAGAAGAGCAGGCGCUGAUCAUAAACGCUCACCCUGACAAUAUCACCCCCGACACCGAAGAUCCAGACCCCAAACCUAUGGUCAUUGGCACCAAUAAUGUGUUUGAAGUUGGCUGUUAUUCUCAAGCCAUGAAAAUAGGAGACAAUAAUGUUAUUGAAUCAAAAGCAUACGUAGGCAGGAACGUGAUACUGACGAGCGGCUGCAUCAUUGGGGCUUGCUGCAACCUGAACACGUUUGAGGUCAUCCCCGAGAACACAGUGAUCUACGGUGUGGACUGUCUCCGUCGGGUGCAGACUGAGCGACCGCAGCCCCAGACACUGCAGCUGGACUUCCUGAUGAAAAUCCUGCCCAACUACCACCACUUGAAGAAGACCACGAAAGGAAGCUCCACGCCAGUGAAGAACUGAGAACUAGCCGUGACCGCUGUCCGGUGACAGGGCCGCCGCGUUUACGUUCCCUCAGCAGGCCCCAGCACGGUGCCAGCUGGCUUUGUUUUGUAAAACGGAGCUAGAAAGGAAAGCGAUGGGUUUUCAUGUAACUGUCCUCUAUAAUUUAUAUAAAAUGUGUUAUUUUCCUAUAUCCUUGUUCCUUUUCCGAUAAUUUACAGAUUUAGUUUUCUUUUCUAUAAAAUGUUGGCCACAAAUUUUAGUUGCGCAAAAGACCACCUGUGAUAAGAAAAGGCAUACUGUUAUGUAUUUAUUUCUGCCAUGUACUAAACUAAAUAAAAACGUUGAGCACAGGACUUUCA